AUGAAUUUAUUUCUAGAAGCAGGCGCGGACCUACAAAUACAAAAUUACAGAGGUGAAACUGCUUUGCACCGGGUCAUCCGAAAUAUUUCAUCAAAUAGCAAUUGCGAAAAAGAGGACGAGAAUAUUAAAUUUCUUGUCAGAGCAGGAGCAGAAGUUAAUGCGAAAGAUGUUUACGGUCGAGUACCAAUUUCAUUAGCACGUGAUUUAAGUAGUGUGAAGACACUUUUAGAAAUGAAGGCCGAUGUCAACAUUCGUAAUAAAUUUGGACAGACGCCAAUCUUUACACAUCUAUUGGACCCAGACUCAAAUUUAGAAGUGAUAGAAUUGCUUUUACAAAACAAUGCAGACGUUAAUAUUCUAGAUAACCACCAGAGCAGUGUUUUGCAUUAUAUUGCAUUUGAGUGCAAUGGUCUUGAAUUCGUUCCUCUCCUAAAUAAAUUUGGAGUGAAAGUUUGUACUGAUAAACUUGAUCAUUUGCCAUGCGAUAUUUCCUUGUAUUGCGGUCAUAAGAAAGGUUUUGAUGCUUUAUGUCAGUGUGACAAAAAACACCAUCAAGUGGAUAUAUUUGAUCUUGAAAACAAAGUUAUCAACAUGAAUGAAAGACAAACAGAUAUCUUAUCAAACGUUUCCAAUAUUAAAGAUCCUUUCAGCAAAUACCAAAUGCAUUUGAAGUCUGAACUAUUAAGUUUAACAGACAUAGGCUGUGUAUCUUUAAACAAGGAAGGACAAAUGAUUCGAGUUUUUGUAAAUGAGUUGAUUUCGAAAAUUUGUCUUGAGAUGUCUUGUCGUGAUAAAAUGCUAACAAAUACUGUAAUGGAAUCGGGAAGCAUAAGAGAAAAUACCAAAGUAGGAAUACCUAAUGAAUUUGAUUUUGUUUGCGUUCUAGAGAAAUUUGGACAAAUUUGUGAAGUCGAUGAAGUAAAAACCAAUUCUGACCAUAAAUUCGCAUAUUUAAAACUCAAAGAAGAUUUAAAACACGAAGAAAUUAUUCAUCUGUUUGAUGAAAAAGGUUAUCUCGACAAUUAUGCAAUAUGGGAGAAAUGCGGAAUGAUGAUAGACAUUUCCUUGUUGAACUAUGAAUUAUUUAAUAUCCCAAACGUGUACUUUGAUGGACAAAGAAUACAGAAAAACGAAUCUAUGCUAGACCCGACAUUCACCUUCAGCAUAGUGUGGCAUGGCUGUUACUACAAAGAGCUAGAAAUAGACAUAGACCUUGUGUUAGCAUGCAGAAUAAAAGGUUGGUGGCCACAUAAAACUGAGCUACACCAUCUUCCAAAUAAUAUACAAAACAACAUAAAAGAUCAAGGAGCUUUGUUAAUGUUUCAAUCAGAGUUAAUGGGAAAGUCGUUCUACGUAGCUGAUUCAAAAUUUCGAAUAUCUGCGAUGGAUGCAGAGACACAGUAUAUGAAUUGUGUGUCUAAUCUUGCACGUGAUGCUUACAUCAUCUCAAAAAUCAUGUGCGAUUCUCGAAUAUGUCCCAGUGUACAUGUUGAUGAAUCACAAGACCAGGAUUGUGAUUCACAGCAGUUUAAUGAUAUUGAUAUCGAAUGCAUGUCUAAACACUGGAAUAUUGCUGACUCAGAAGAUUCAUGUCAGUCAGAUUAA